AUGAACGCUGCUUCCAGCAAGACGUGGGGUGACAAGGCCGACAAGGAUCUCUUCUUCACCAUCCUGUCCGUGAAGAACAUCGGCGUUAUCAGCGGUGCCGAAUGGACCACCAUCGGCAACCACAUGCGAACCUUGGGCUACGGCUUCACCAAUGAAGGCUGCCGUCAACAUUUCCAAGGCCUUCGCCGAGCUCAGCAGAAGGCUGAGUCGAAUGGCAACUCCAGUGACAAUCCAAGGAAGGUAGAUCCCACUCUUAACCCCAUCACGAGGCGCCCAGGUCCUGGUCGCGGCCGGCCGCGCAAGUCCGGAGCCGGCCUCGCCCCUGGCCUUCCGGGGCAAGACCAGGAUGCGCAGCACGAACUCGAUGCUACAGGAUCGGUGUCGUCUCCCGUCACUCCAAGCGCUGUGGCCGCCUCCCAGGCACCAGGUCCAGAUGAUUUGAGUCUGGGUCCCAACGGCGACGACUCGGAGCACGUCGCAAAGCGACCACGACUCGAGGAGAACCAAGACCCCGCCCUUGAUGAUGAGGCAGUCUUGAGCGCACUUGCGGCUCACAGCAACCCUACCCCUGUAGACCAUUACAGCACUGAGUAA